GUCCUACAACAAACCUUGGAUGCAACUGGUUUUGAGCUACAGAUUAUAAUGACAGACAUAGAUCCUGCAAUGAAUGUGGCAUGUCAAGUAAAAUAUAUGAAUUCUUAUCAUGUUCACUGUAUCUGGCAUAUGUCUCAAAAUUUGCCUAAACGGCUUAAGGCAAAACUUGAAAGCAAAAAUUUUAAAGAAUUUAUUUGUGAUUUUUGGAAAACAUGGAAUUCUUUAAGCAUUGAAGUUUUUGAGUACCGAUUUCAAUCUUUACUAAAAAAGUAUCCAACAGUUGCUUCUAGCUCUAGUAUAUCAGACGUAGUUGAAGCUUUAAAGCUUCGUAUGCAAAGGGAAGAAUUAAAUAAAAAAAUUAACAAACAAAUGUGUGAAUCAGUACUAUACAAAUGUGAAAAGUUGGAUAUUGAUCAUGCUCUUGAAGAUCAAUUAUAUUCGGAUGAAAAUGAACUAAUUAAUAUGUCUGUUGAAGAAAGUCAAGCUUAUGAUGAUAUUAAAGAUCCAGUAGUAUGCAGGAGUAAAGGUAGACAUCAAAAUAAACAGUUGAAAGCUUUUAAUGAAGAAACAAAUAAUAUUAAUAGUAAUAAAAAACAACAGGAUACUGCUGAUAGUGAUAGCGAAACUAGACGUAGAUGUAGAUUAUAUCAUAAAUCAGGAUAUUAUACUCCUAAAUGCCCUAAUAAGAAAAAUGCAAUGUAA